AUGGCGAAGGGCCCCGGCUGCUGCCACGGCUGCUGCCACGGCUGUGCCACCUGCCUGCUCGGCCUGUACAGCUGCCGCUGGGCCAAGAACACGAGGAAAGGCCUGAGAACCACCAAGUGCGACUGUAGCUGGUUCUUCUUCCUCUUCUGCAUCUGCCUCUUCGCACUCGUAUGGCUCUACCAUGCCCUCAUCCUCCUCAAUGACUUCCACAACUUCAAUGAGUUCCUCUUCAGACAGACGCAGUGGUGGGUAGACUGGUCCCUGCCCCUGCUCGGAGUCACGGUGCUGCUGGUCACAUAUUCGGCCCUGCUGCUGGUUCUCGCUCUGUGCCUGCAGCUCUGUGGCCAGCCCUUGAAGUUGCAUUGUCUGCACAAGUGCCUGCUGAUCUUCACUGCCCUGGUCGUGGCCGCAGCCUUCGUCGCACUCGAUGUGAAGUGGACUGAGCAGUGGCAGAGCGCGCGCAUCUCUCUGCAGGCAACAGGCCCCUUCCUGCACAUCGGAGCCGUGGCAGGCGUGACGCUGCUCGCCUGGCCCGUGGCCGACUGCUUCUAUCGUACUCGCCGUGCAGCCCCCAAGGUGCUGCUCCUGCUGGUGUAUUUUGGUGUGACAGCUGCGCUGUACCUGGCUCCCCUGAUGAUCUCCUCGCCCUGCCUCAUGGAGGAGAACCAGCUGCCCCCCAAACCAGCGCUGGCCGGGCACCGUGGGGCCCCCAUGCUGGCUCCAGAGAACACCCUGAUGUCAUUCCGGAAGUCAGUGGGCUGUGACGUGCGUGUGUUUGAGACCGAUGUCAUGGUGAGUGCUGAUAGGAUCCCCUUCCUCAUGCACGACGAGACGCUCACCCGGACCACCAACGUGCAAAAGGUGUUCAAUGCCCAGGCCACCAUGAGCGGCACAACCUUCAACUGGACUGAUCUCCAGCAGCUCGACGCCGGCAGCUGGUUCCUGGAGAGGAAUCCGUUCCGCUCGGUGCAGGGCCUCUCCAGCGAGACGCAAGGCCAGGCGCGGGCACAGAAGAUCCCGUCUCUGGAGCAGGUGCUGCAGGAGGCCAAGCAGCACAACAUCUCCAUCAUGUUCGAUCUCCGGCCUGAGAACCACACAGACUACCAGAGCUUCGUUAACGUCACCGUGGCGACCAUCCUCGAGUCGGGCAUCCCGCCGCAGCUGAUUCUCUGGCUGCCCGACGGGUUCAGGGAGCAGGUCCGACAGCAGGCACCAGGAUUUCAGCAAAUCUACGGUCUGAAGAGCAGCUGGAAUGAAACCGAGUCUCCACUGCGACUGAACCUGCCGUACCAGGACGUCAGCACAGAGCAGAUUGGCCGGUAUCGCCAGGACAACGUCUCCGUCAAUCUGUACGUGGUCAAUGAGCCCUGGCUCUUCUCCGUGCUGUGGUGCGCGGGGGCCGGCUCCGUCACCACCAACGCCUGCCAGGUGCUGAAGGAGAUGAAGCGCCCCCUCUGGCUGCUCCCCCGCAACACCUAUCUGAUGGUCUGGAUUGUGAUCGACUGCGUCUCCUUCCUCCUGCUCCUCUCAGCCUUCCUCCUGCUGCAGAAAUGCUCCAGGAGAAAAGAACCGGCAGAGUCCAAGUCAGACGUGCUGCUAACGAAGAUCAACAGUCUCAUGCAGGAAUGA